GUUUGACCCAGGGGAGCUCCCGUAGUUGUCAGUGUGGACGGUUGUCAGGCUACUGUGCUACCUGACGGGCAGGUAUCAGUCGUUUACCCGCCCAGAAUCAAAACGAAUUUAUUUGCCACAUGACAGUAACUAUUAUUUAACUCGUAGCUAUGUUUUAGCUAAGUUUUCGUCGCACUCUGACGGUAAUUUCGCGUGAUUUAGCUCACCUCGCAGGCUUAGCGCGCGUCUAGCUAGCUAGCUAGCUAACGACAACGCCGUAAGAAUAAAAUCGCAACAAACGUGUCGGUCGGUUUGACAGCAGUAUCAGUGAAAUAAAGAAACAAAACAAAACACUACAUAUACUAGGAUGAAUGUGGCUAAAAGCGGUUACCGUGUCUUUUCCGCGAACUCUUCCGCAGCAUGCACAGAACUGGCCAAGAAGAUAACGGAGCGGCUGGGAGUUGAACUGGGCAAGUCUGUGGUCUUUCAAGAAUCUAACAGAGAGACUAGAGUGGACGUAAAGGAAUCUGUUCGUGGACAGACUAUUUUCAUUAUCCAGACCAUACCAAGAGAUGUCAACACGGCCAUUAUGGAGCUGCUGGUUAUGGCUUACGCCCUCAAGACGUCUUGUGCAAAGAACAUCAUCGGCGUCAUCCCGUACUUCCCCUACAGCAAGCAGUGCAAGAUGAGGAAGAGGGGCUCGAUAGUGUGCAAGUUACUAGCUUCAAUGUUAGCCAAAGCAGGACUGACACACAUCAUCACCAUGGACUUGCAUCAGAAGGAGAUCCAGGGCUUCUUCAGCUUUCCAGUGGAUAACUUGCGUGCCUCCCCUUUCUUGAUUCAGUACAUCCAAGAAGAGAUUCCUGAUUACAGAAAUGCCAUCAUUGUUGCAAAGUCACCUGCUGCAGCUAAAAGGGCUCAGUCGUAUGCAGAACGUCUGCGUCUGGGUCUGGCUGUGAUUCAUGGCGAGGCUCAGUGUUCAGAGUCUGACAUGGCUGACGGAAGACACUCCCCACCAUGUGUGCGCAACACCACAGGACACACGGGACUGGAGCUGCCUUUUAAAUAUCUGGACUCAUCUUGCCAAUCAACACAUGGUGCACCCAUAAUAAUGAUGGCCAAAGAGAAACCUCCCAUUACUGUUGUUGGAGAUGUGGGUGGGAGAAUUGCCAUUAUUGUGGAUGACAUUAUAGAUGAUGUUGGAGACUUUGUUGCAGCUGCAGAGAUCCUGAAAGAGAGAGGAGCCUAUAAAAUUUAUAUUAUGGCCACACAUGGUUUACUUUCUGCCGACGCUCCACGUCUCAUAGAGGAAUCAGCCAUUGAUGAGGUGGUGGUGACCAACACAGUGCCCCAUGAAGUACAGAAGCUUCAGUGUCCAAAAAUCAAGACGGUGGAUGUGAGCAUGAUAUUGGCUGAGGCUAUCCGCCGCAUCCACAACGGCGAGUCCAUGGCGUAUUUGUUCCGCAACAUCACCGUGGACGACUAGAGAGUGUCAAAAUGAUAGCGAAGGUGGGUGUCAGCGAUUGAGAGCCCAGUUCUGUAACAACCUGCUAAUGUCACGUUCAGUGUAUUGUGUAUGUCGAGAUUACAUGUAUCCUAAUUAAUUUAAAGUAAAUUGAAGUUCUAAAAAUUACCAAAAGUUAUUUAUCCUCUUACCAAAACCUGUUGAAAUGUAUUUCUUCUGUUAAGUCAGAAAAUGCAUGUGGUGGCUUAUUGAGAAAAGGGUUAUAACAUCAAGCAAACAAGACUUAUUGCAGUUUUAUUCUUGAAGCCUCAAUUUUUUUUCUCUUGUUUUGCUGAUGUCACUCUUUUUUGAACAAAAGAUGCUUUGUAUUUAUAAAGUUAUUUUGUCAUACACUACGGUACCUCAUAUUUAGUGACUGGGCGUAUUCUGCAAAAAAGAAAAAAAAGAAAACGAAACAAGAUAAAUGUCUCCAGUAAUGGGAAUUUGUGCUUUACCAACCAUUUUUCCAACAGCCUUGCUCGCUCUGCUGACCAGGGCUGCUCAGGCACUAUGAGUUCUUUGCAUUUAAUGAGGUGUGUCGCUUCUAACCGCAAAAAAAGAAAAAAGAACUUCUCAGAAACUAUAUUUUUAUGCAGCUUUUUUGCACCAUUUGUAGGAAUGUUUGGUAAAAUGUGGCAUAAGACGUUUAUCAUCUGCAGGAUUAAAGAGGCCAUCUUUUAUAUAUUAUAUUUAUUAGCUGAUCAGUUAAAACAAAUAACCAGAUUUUUUUUUUCUUAGUCACUCAUAGUCAUAUCUAGCCAAGAAGAUAGUUUCAGUUGUAUUUACAACGGUUUUUGCGAAAUCUGCUUCUGAGAUAUUUGCUGUUAACCCAGUGCCAUGGGGGUGAAUUAAAUUUGUGGCGUUCAAAGCAUGAACAUAAUUGGCUCACUCAGUGUUUAAAGAAACAUCUGUGGAUUACGGUGGAUAUUUUGGACAUUAUUUAUGCAAAGGAAGACACUUAAAUUCUCUCUCCUGGCUUUGAAAUAGGCAUGCAACUGAUAGUUGGAAGCAUUAUCAAUCUAUAAUUGGUUAUUUAUGUCUGCUACUAUGACUAUUUAACAUAUUUAAAAUGGGACAUUUGCCCAUAAUGCUAUUUGGUUGCCUUCCUCACUUGGUAUUAGAAUCGCUGGUCUGGUAGAUGUCACUGCGUUUUAAAUACCUGAGCACUGGCCGUCGCCCAUUAAAUGUCACAGAAGUCUUUGUCGUGGUGGCUCACUGCUGACUAAAUGCCCAAAAUGCUCUCGUGUCCAUCCUCUGUCUUAUCUUAUAUAUAUUUUUAACUGGGUAAGUUAUUGCCUGCAAUUAAUUAUUGAACCAGUAAUCUGUAAGCCCUUUCCCUAAACUUACUUAGGUGUAACUCUACACUCUUUCACUGUACUGAGAUUGAGUGUCCUCUCCACAAAAUGACUUAACACUACCCAGUUGCACGUUGCACUAUUAGAAUAAUUCAGCCAUUAAUGUUUGAACUGGAAAAUGAGCCCUGCUUCUCGAGUCGACGUGAUUGGUGCCUUUAGUUUGUUGCGUAAAAAUUUCUGAAAAUCCGAAUCCAUGUUUUUGAAACUGUCAUCGGCUGCAGCUUCAAGGUGAAAAUGCUAAGCUAUGGCAUUGACGGGUCAUGAUGUGUUUUCUAGCACAUAAAAAGUACCAUAUGGACAUGCUAACAAAAAAAAAGAUUUGGACACCACAAAUACUUUUCUCUUCACUUCCAUUGUUUUGCACUGGCAGCAGAAGUCUAACUGUGAACGGCUACAUACUGUAAGUAAGGAAACGUUGUAGAGUUGUGAUUAGGUGAACUGACCCUUUAAUAUACUGUAUCUCUUUAGUAACUGACUGAACUUUAAACUGUGCAUAAUUUAACCAGCUAACUGUAACUGUUAUCCGGCAGCGACAACACAUUGCAUAUGAAUGACAUACACAGCUAAAGGGAAAUCCAUUUCUACACGUUCAAGCUAUUCUACAUUAUUGCCAACUGCUGCUGCAGCGUUGUCCCGGUUCAAUGUUCUUAUCUAGUAAUUAAAAAGUGUGGAGUGAUUUGAAAAGUCUUCUGGUCUGGUUUGUUGUGGUUUGCUGCAAACUGCUUUGUGCAAUUUUAGACUUUUAAGUAGUGUUAUCAAAAACUGAUUCUCGAUAUUUGAAACCGUUUUAAUAGUAAUUGUUUUGCAGAUUCGAUACACCAACACCAGCUGCACUUUCUCGCUCUGUUUUCUCUCUGACAGAACGUCAACACACGGCAGCAGCGCCAACAUAAAAUAACAUAAAAUCAAAAGUUUUACUAUACUUAGCCAGCUAUUUAAAUAGAAUUGUCAGUAAACUUUGGAAAUGUUCCAAAUAAUAUAUAAAAAAUAAAAAAUAAGCUCAUUUAAUCAGGCUACCUUGCAGAUAAAACUAAUUAUAGGCGGCUGUUUACCUUGGAUAGAAUCUCCUCAGUCACCUGAAGGGAGAACCGCCAUCAUUUUUUUUGGAACAGAGGUUUCCAGCAGCAUCACGCUCAGCCACAAAGUGUUCUGUUGAGUGCUGUAAAUGCAGGGCAGUGAUUUGUGCUGAUGCAUGCCAAAAAAGUGAUUUAACCUUGAACACAUAUUGACACACUUAGGCUGAAUUGAUUUGUGUCUUAAACUUGGGUUUAACAAACAGAGCAUGUCGGCUGGUUUUGGCCAUGUUUCGUGCAUUCUAGAGGCGAAGACAACAACAAAAAAACCCAAAACUUGGAGAUGGUGUUGUCAUCUCCAAUAAAGCGCGCUGACUUUGGAGGGCUAAUUGAAUUUUGCAGUUUCCAUUUCCUGUUCAGAUGCAAUAGUUCAAAAUGCACGUUAAAAAUUCCUCAUGGAAACACGUUUGUGGCAGCUUUUCCUCGUGGGAUUGAAAAUGUUAAAGAAUGUUGAUGUCUUUCAAGGUAUUGUAUCGAAUUCAGAAAUGCCGAUAUCAUAAUAACACAUCUUGUAAAUGCAAGCAGCAGCCAUGUUGCUUUUUUUUGGAUUAUAUUUGCAAAAUAUACCAGAUCAGGAGACUUUGAAUUGUUCCAUGCUUUUAGGUUGCCCUGCAGUGACCAACUCCAAUAUGGUGGGUCUAUUUGUUGUUGCUGUUUUUAUGCUAUUCAUGGCAAAUUGGCAAAAAUGUGACAACAGCCGAAGGAUGUUGAUGUUAUCUAUGGCGUCUCCCUAUAAGACUUGGUGUGAUUCAGCCAUACGCAUCUUUUUUUUUUUUUUGUGCCCUCUGUGGGUAUUUCAGAGUGACGCUCAUGUGGAAAUUAGUGGACUUUCUAUGCUGAUUGAGCCUUUUGCUCAGGGACAAUAUACCUGAUAAGCCAAUGCACAAUUAUUUUCUCUUGUGUUCCUGUUGCACAUGCAAAACAAAUAAAUAAAAAAGUUUGUUGAGAAUGUCUUCCAUACAGCAAUACUUGUACACCUUUUGCUCCUUUUAACCACUGAUUGAGUUUCGUAAUAGAGGCUGGAUUUUUUCCUGAUUUGCUGGUAGAUGAAUAUUUGAUAGACACGCUGGUGUCGUGUUGGCACGGAGGUGGAUAAAUGCCGUUGCUAUGCCAGCUCAAAUUACAUCUGUCCUUAGCGCAUUUCAUGUUGUCUUCCCUGUAUUUACUGUUCUUAUGACUCCUUCCCUUCACCCUUCUGUCUCACUCUACGGUGUUUGUCAAUGUGUAUGAAAAUAAAACAGAUGCCUCUAA